AUUUCGGCUUCGAAAACACAGGCCGGUUUCCCUCUACUCGCACCUCACUCUGGAACAGAACAGAAGCGCAGUGUAAAGCGCGGUUGCGUACCGUCUGCUAAUGGCGUGGGGAGGGGUAACUGGGGGAAGAUGCGAAAGGAUUUCUGUAAUGGGGUGGUGGUUGUUGCUGUUGGCGGUAGCGGGUUAUCUUGUUCCGGCGGCGGAGGCGGCUUGCUCCGCCGAAAGGGUGGUAAUAUUCAACUUUGGGGAUUCAAACUCCGACACUGGAGGACUCUCUGCUGGGCUCGGAUACAUCUUCCCGCUCCCCGAAGGCCGCGUAUUCUUCAACCGCUCCACUGGCCGUGUCUGUGACGGCCGCCUCAUCCUCGAUCUCCUCUGUGAAAGCUUGAACACUAGCUACCUUAGCCCCUAUCUGGAGUCUUUGGGCUCGGAUUUCAGAAAUGGAGCAAACUUUGCAAUUUCUGGUUCUACAACACAACCUAGAAACCAACCCUUCUCUUUAUUUAUCCAAGUGCUUCAGUUCUUCCGGUUUAAGUCGAAGUCCUUGGAACUAGUUGCUCAAGGUUCAAAAAAUUUGGUAAAUGAGGAAGGGUUUAAGAAUGCUAUUUAUAUGAUUGAUAUCGGACAGAAUGACUUAUCUGCUGCCUUUGGUUCGAAUGCUAGCUUUGAUUUAGCCAUUGCGAAAAUCCCCUCAGUUAUUGCAGAGAUAAAAAAUGCUAUUAAGAUGUUGCAUGAUACUGGCAGCAGAAAUUUCUGGAUUCAUAACACUGGUCCGUUGGGUUGCCUUCCUCAAAAACUUGCUCUCCCUCGAAAAAACGACACGAUUCUCGAUCCUUAUGGCUGCCUUUCAGCCUUAAAUAUUGGAGCCAUGGAAUUCAAUUCGCAGUUGAGCAAGCUCUGCGACGAACUGAGAUCCGAAUAUUCAGAUUCCACCAUAGUCUAUACUGAUAUUUAUUCAAUCAAAUAUGAUCUCAUAGCAAAUUCCACCGAAUAUGGAUUUGAGAGUCCAGUAAUGGCUUGUUGUGGCUAUGGAGGACCUCCAUAUAACUACAAUGCAAAUAUAACUUGCGGGAAUUCGAACUGUCAAGUCUGCAGUGAGAACUUGAAGUACAUAAGCUGGGAUGGAGUUCAUUACUCUGACGCAGCCAAUACAAUUGUGGCUUCCAAGAUAUUGUCCACCGAAUACUCAAAUCCAAAGCUCAAAUUUGAUUAUUUCUGUAGCUCUUAGAAAAGGGAAUUACAUUCAAAGAAGCUAAUGCUCUUCCUUGGGAAACUGAAACAUUGCUGAAGGUAUGUAAAGGCUUAAAGAGAAAAAUCUUGUUUGAUUUCUUCUAGCUUUAUUGUUUAAGGUUUGAGAGAAAUGAGAUUUCUUUUCAAAUUAAGAAUAAUCAUACAUGCUGAGUUAAUUUGCACAUCUUGAAUUGUUAGUAUUUUAAGUAUGUUUCUGAAUGAGUAAAUAUGGUGUAAAAUUGGUAUCUUUUGCUCUUUUUUAAAUGCGGUUGGUCAUAUAUUUGUAAUGGCCCAUAAGAAAUUAAGAACAAGAUUAGAGUAGAUUUUUAUUUAGACU